AUGCUUGAUCAGCGUCGGUCAGUGCACCUCACCAUAAUCCAUUAUCGCCAUACAGACCGCUGCCUCCAACCUGCAGGUGCUUCUGUUGAGGGGCCCGACAUCGCCACCGACACCGGCCUCAGCAAUCCCAAUGGUCAGCAAAGUGACCAAGCGUGGGAGUGA